UGAGUUGCACAGCGCUGACAUGGAAAUGUCCGAAGAGUGUGUUCAAACAGAAGCUAUCCAGCCACAGGCACUUCACAUCUCCGUUUCUACAGAUAGUGAGACAGCUUUGCCAUCCUGCUCUGUGACAAUGCCUGUUGACCUAAGCUGGCAAGAACAGUUUACGGAGAUGCCUCAGUCCCCACAAGCACCAUCUCCCGUACACAGAUGUGACAAAGGAACUCAGACAGAUUCCAAGAAGAGAAGCACAGGUGUUCAAACUAAGAUGCGCACACAUCAGAAGGGUACGCAGACAUGGUAUAUUCCAUCUGAACCUGCACCCCGUUCUUCAACUCCAGUACCAACAAAUGAAUCACAAGUGUGGAGUGAAAGUGACAGUGAAACAGAGAUACGUGAUCCUCACGACACUACGUAUGACCCCAACCAAAGUGACCUAAACUUGACGCAGGAUACCUCCCUCUGUGAAAGGUCAUUCAUCGACCACUGUGAUACCGCCAACAGCCACACAGAAAGUAGCAGCGUUACUGAGCACUCUACUAAAGAUGACGGGCACGAAACCAGCGACACUCACCAACACCGAGAGCCAAUGUACAUGGUUUCGGAAACCUGCCUUCUUCAGCUGCUCAAGACUUGCCCAGAAUGUUUGACGACAAAAACUGUGACAGAACUCAACUGCAAGGGCUCGUGCCUACGUGUAACUGUGACAUGCCAAAACAAUCACACCAGGGUUUGGUACAGUCAGCCUUCGCUUGGUGGAAAGCCAGUUGGAAACAUCAUAAUGAGCGCCGCCAUACUUUUUUCGGGAUGUAGCCCUACAAAGGUGUUGCGACUAUUCCAGUUCAUGAAGCUUGCCAGCGUAAAGAAGACCCAGUACUUCAGAAUGCAGCAUUGCUACCUUUUUCCCGCAGUCAAGGAGGCAUGGAAGUUGGAGGAAGAAGCCUUGGUGUGCGCCCUCAAGGAAACGCCUCUAACACUUGCAGGCGACGCCAGGUGUGAUUCUCCGGGACAUUGCGCACUAAUGGGGACAUACACAGUCCUGGAGACAUCAGUCAAUAAGAUUCUUCACUUUGAGCAGAUUAUGUCACCAGAGGUAUCCUCCAGCAACCAAAUGGAAAAGGUUGGCCUUGAGCGGGUCUUGGGCCACCUCGAACAACAAGAAAUGACGGUUGACAUGCUGAUCACUGACAGGCAUACUGGGAUUAAAGCACUCAUGAAGACCAAGCCCAUUAAACAUCGCUUUGAUGUGUGGCAUGUAGCUAAAGGCAAGUUUGCGAACAAGGCCAUUGAAGUAAUACAAUGAAAUCCCCUCAUCAGUGUAGAAUUUGGCAUUCUGUAAUGUUUUCUUCGUAACGCACACCAAGUUUAAAUAUAUGAACCCUCUACUUCAAGGCAUCAAGAAGAAAAUUGCUGCAGCAGCACAAACAAAGGCACACCAAGUACUAGGCCUGUGGUGUGAGAGCAUCAUAAGGCACUUGUACUGGUGUGCAAAAACAAGUUCCGACAAUGGAGAGGAGCUACUGGCCAAGUGGACUUCUGUCAUGCGUCAUGUCAUCAAUGUCCACACGCACCCCAAUGCAUUGCACCCAAGAUGCUUUCAUGAUGACCCCGGAGAAAGGCUGUGGCUUCUCGAAGGCACAGAACCAUUCAUGAAGCUUCACAGCAUUCUCAUGUCAAAGUACCUGUUAGUUGACAUCCCGAAGCUGUCUCCACGCGACCAGACCUAUGGACUUGAAGCCUACCAUAGCCUCCUCAUCCAUUUUGCACCAAAGUCGCACAGCUACACAUAUGAAGGCAUGCUGGCAAGGACCCAGAUUGCUGCACUGCACUAUAACUUCAACAGUGCCAGGAUAGUGCUCAAAAAUGACGACGGAACUGACAAGUAUGUCCUGAAAGGGUCUAAACCAAAGAAACAGUGGGUUGUCAUUCCACUGAAGGAAAAUGUGUCAUAUGGCUACGUGGACAAGCUAUUCGCAGAGCUCUUCAGAUGUUUGAGCAAGUGGCCAACAUAUGAAAGUGCCGAGAGGGCAAAUCCACGUGUGCAGCGGCCAACACUGUGCAGCUCCUAUGGAGAGAAGCCAAGCAUCGAAGAAGUUAGGCAGAAUCAUUGGAGUAGAUUCCAAAGAUAGAUACAUCCGUAUGCAAGUUGAAGGGAGACUGCACACAGAGAAGAAUGAAAGGAAUGCCCUUGUAGCUGAUGCUUUGGAUGUGUAUCACACUUCACACAAAAGGUAAAGGUGCCUCUUUUAGACGUAAAGCACUGAGAGAAACAAAAAUAAUGCAAUCAAUGCAAUUUUCACCCUGAUUUUCAUAAGUCUAACACCCAGCACAAGGCCCUAAUUUACGCACUAGCUAGCAUUUAUAUUGUGAUGUGUGACACUCGCAUAAUUGUAGGUUGCUUGGAGCAGGUGAGCUGGAUCAGCUGUAGUGAUGAUGGUAGUGUCUGUGCUCCUGAACUGACCUUGACAAACUCGUGACAAAAUGUGGACUACAGAUACAAGACAAGUGGGAUAUGACAGCUCAUGCACACCACGACAACAGAUGAAAACGGGCAACAGAUGAAAAUUAUGACCGUGAUUGCCAGGUAGCAUACCACUGGGAAGCCAGUAUGUGAUAUGUCAUUGCAUAUGUUAUGUAGGCAAACUGAGGAAACGUCAGUAUAAUUCAUUAUCACAGAUGACGACAAAAUGGUGCAAUGCGAAGAAUGGUCUGUUUUUAAUUGUGGCUGCCUUCUCACUGAAGAUAAGUAUUGCACGUACAUACAAUCUUAUACAUAUAAAAUAUAGUAGGUUACAAUGACUUGAGAAACAACACAGUGUGACAUUGGUAUAAUUAUCUGUUGCAGGUAUGGCUGAAGGUAGCACCUUGAGAACAGGUGAUUGCAGUUGCCAUGUAGGAUACUUUUGGGACGCUGAAGAAGGCAAAAUGGUGAAAUGCGAAGAAUGGCCUGUGCUGUUUGGUUAUGGCUGCCUUCUCACCUAAGAUAAGUGUUACACUUAUAUACAACCUAACAUAUAAAAUAUAGUAGGUUACAAUGACUUGAGAAACAACACAGUGUGACAUUGGUAUAAUUAUCUGUUGCAGGUACAUUAUGAAGGCAAACUGAGCAAACAUGGAUAUAGUUGGAUGUGAUCACAGAUGAAGCAAGAAUGGCACAUCUAUGCAAAGAAUGACAAGAGUGGAAUGAACUUCUGUUCCAUGAAAUAUGGAUUUCUUCCCACACAAGAUAAGUAUCACAUUUGCACACAUCAUGAAAUUUUCAACAUAUUAUUAGUGACGUCACUUUUAUGGACAUAAGGUUCGCAAUUAACCUGCUGCUUCACAAGGUUUGAGCACCUUGAGGAAUUCCAGAGAAAUUAGCAGACUAAUUUUUGAACUGUUGCAAAUUGUGAAUUGACAUCAAGUAUAUUUUAGAACAGCUUGAAAAGCUAGAUGAACACACUGGUGUAACUUUGUAGCUUCAGAAGAAGUAAUGCUGUGGCAGUCUGUAAGGAAGAGCUGCACGAAGCUAACUUGCACUAACCUGACUAGAACAAACUAACCUAACCUAAAACAACUUCAUCUAACACGACAAUGUUGAAAGCGGUCUGCCCCGACAACCUCAGAUGUAUAAACAAUUGGGUCCGUCGGAUCGUCUGUGGUAUGAGGACCUAGACUGUUUCCUAACCUAACCUAGAGCUGCACGAAGCUAACUUGUACUAACCUGACUAGAAUAAACUAACCUAACACGACAUAAUGUUGAGCCGAUGGACCCCGAUGUAUAAACAAUCGUGUCCGUCCGACGGACCUUUAGACACUUCCUUAUAAGAUAUUACAAAGGCUAAGAUUGAUAUGGUUAUACAUUAUCACAGACAAAGAGAAAAUGGCACAUUGUGAAGAAUGCGGCUUGGUGACAGUGACGACUAUAGGCAGUGUGUGCUCGUGGAUAAAUCAAUUAUGGAUGCCUGACUAUGCAGGAUGGUACCCCAGGCCUUGACCACCAUGGCGGAGAUGAAGCUGCGUGUUCACCUGUACAGAAAGAAGACUGUGUGUACAAGACUGGGACAUUGUACCCCUUUGAAUCCAAAAUCCUGAAUACACACAUCAAUAAAUGUGUUGCGCUACAUCUUUCCAUCAU